AUGUCCAUCAUUCACCCAUUUCAAUCGAGUGUCUCCACCAAUGAUGGUACCCUAGUUUUUACAGUAGUGAAAAACACCAUCUUAGCAUUCCGUUGUAAUCCCGGUUCAUGGAACUACUCUUUGGCCGGUAGCUGGGUAGACACUCUAGAUCGUACCAAUCUUAUCAAAGAAAAGGUCAUCAAGGAACAACAACGUCAAUUAGCUGAAAACGCAGCAGCCGCCGCCACGAAGAAAUCCAAAUCAACAGAUGGUGAACCGGUCGUGAGAUCUGUAGCUAAAGUGCCAACUCCUGGUACUGGUGCUCCCCCAAUUUAUUCCAUCGUUAGGAAUUUAUUACUUUCUAGGGAUAAUAAGAUGCUUUUUGCAUGUGCGGAUUCUGAUAAAUCUAUUCUUGUUUUGAAAAUUGAUACAAAUAAUAAGGAGAAUUGUUUAACUUUGGUGAAAAGACAACCAUACCCAAAGAGACCAAAUGCUAUCGCUACAACGGAAGAUAAUGAGAAGGUUAUAAUGGUUGAUAAGUUUGGAGAUGCCUUUGAAAUGAUCAUUAAUGAAGAACCUAAGGAUAAGAUUAAUGAAUUUGAACCUAUCUUGGGGCAUGUUUCCAUGCUAACUGAUGUCAUGAUGAAGAAAGAUCCUGAAUCUGGGAAACAAUUCAUAAUUACUUCUGAUAGAGAUGAACAUAUCAAAGUGUCUCAUUAUCCACAAUGUUUCAUUAUUGAUAAAUGGUUAUUUGGCCAUGAAGAGUUCGUUUCUACGUUGUGUGACUUCCUAUGGGACCCACGAUUAUUAGUUAGCGCAGGUGGUGAUAAUUAUAUCUUCCUUUGGGAUUGGAUAUCUGGUAAGAGUUUAUUCAAAUUUGAUUACUCUGAAUUGAUACAACCAUAUUUAACCGAUGCAAAUUUAGCACCAGCAAGGUUCCAAAAUGAGACUAACGAUAUCGUUGAAUAUGCAGUUUCUAAAGUGGUUUCAUUUGCCAAUUUACCCUACAUUGCUUUUUUUGUUGAGGCUACAAAGGCACUUGUUAUUUUGAAAAUAAAUAAAGAUGAUUAUAGUCUAUCAUUGUUUCAAAUAAUUGAAUUACCAUGUAAUUUGAUUUCACUUUUUGCUAACACAACUCAAGAUGAAUUAUUAAUUACUUUAGAUAAUCGUGAAUCCUCUGAAAAGGACUUUAUCAAAUUUGUUGCAUUCAAUCCUGAACAAAACAAAUUCGUUAUUAAUGAAGAUAAAGGAAAAUCAAUAGAUAAAUUCAUUACUGAUAAACUAAAAAAUAACGAAAACGUUACCAUUUCAUCUAAAGAUGAUGUUUAUCCGUUAUACAAUAUUGCCAACUUGAAGAAACAUGGUGAAGCUUUCUCCUAG